UUUUUCUCCCCAACUCCAACAAAACAACACAAAUUUUAAAUAAUCAUUUAACCUAAAUAAACAAACAAAAAACAAUAAUAAAUAAAAAAAAGAAAUGAAAUAGUGUGAGAGCAGUUGGCAUUGAGCAAUGCUCAGAGAAGAACUGAACUAGCCGAAACCAAAAAAUUUGCGUAUCGAAACACAAACAAAAACACGCAGAUCGUGAUCGAAUGCUACCUGUUAGUUAUUUCAGCAUCAUCAUUCAAUCUUGCUCAUCGAAUCGGCAUUUAUUUUGAAUCUGUGUUUGUUUUUAUUUGAAUUUGAGUUGUUGUUUGGAGAUGAUGAUGAUGGGGUCAGCUGCUUCGUCUCCGUUAUGCACGUGGCUGGUAGCGGCCUGCAUGUCGGUCACGUGCUCCAAGGAGAACACACACGCGUUCCUCUCCUCAUCGCCACCGGGCAGCAACAGUCUGCUCACUCGUAGACGACGACGAAGAAAAGCUGAUGUUGUGAAUGUUAUUUCUAAUAAAUAUUAUAAUAACAUCAACGCCGCCUCUCAGUUUAUAUCUAGUUUUUUAUCCUCCGGGGGUGGCGGCGGCGCUGGUGGUGGAUCGAGCGGCAGUAUUACUACGAGUUUUAAAGAAUUGAUGUCGUCUUGUUUGGCUUUUGAGCCGUGCGCUCAUUAUUACUCAUCUAAUGGACUUUUUUCUCCUCAUAGUAAAAAUCUCAAUCGCAGGACUCGUCACCAUUCCAGACUCCACCGGCUUCCUCGUUCCGGGGAAGUAAUGGCAGUGGCGUUGCAGCCUGAAAAAGAGGUUGCAACAAAGAAGAAACCUGCUAUGAAGCAAAGAAGAGUGGUUGUUACAGGGAUGGGUGUUGUCUCGCCUCUUGGUCAUGAUGUCAACGUCUUUUACGACAAUCUUCUUGACGGUGCUAGUGGCAUUAGUCAGAUUGAUUCUUUUGACUGUGCUCAAUUCCCUACGAGAAUUGCUGGAGAGAUCAAGUCUUUCUCAACUGAAGGAUGGAUUGCACCCAAACUUUCUAAGCGAAUGGACAAAUUCAUGCUUUACAUGCUUACUGCUGGCAAAAAAGCCUUGGCUGAUGGUGGUAUUACUGAGGAUAUGAUGAAUGAGUUGGAUAAAGCCAGAUGCGGAGUAGUAAUUGGGUCUGCAAUGGGUGGCAUGAAGGUCUUUAACGAUGCAAUUGAAGCACUAAGGAUCUCGUACAAGAAAAUGAAUCCUUUCUGUGUACCUUUUGCAACUACAAAUAUGGGUUCUGCCAUGCUUGCAAUGGAUCUUGGCUGGAUGGGGCCAAACUAUUCAAUAUCUACUGCUUGUGCUACUAGCAAUUUUUGUAUUCUGAAUUCUGCAAACCACAUAAUUAGAGGAGAAGCUGAUAUUAUGCUUUGUGGUGGCUCAGAUGCAGUGAUUAUACCUAUUGGUCUGGGAGGUUUUGUGGCAUGCAGAGCUCUUUCACAGAGAAACGAUGAUCCUACAAAAGCUUCACGGCCUUGGGACAUGAAUCGGGAUGGAUUUGUGAUGGGAGAAGGAGCUGGUGUUCUUCUAUUAGAAGAACUAGAACAUGCUAAGAAAAGAGGGGCAACUAUCUAUGCAGAAUUUCUGGGAGGAAGCUUUACUUGUGAUGCUUAUCACAUGACUGAACCACGUCCAGAUGGAGCCGGCGUCAUUCUCUGUAUAGAAAAGGCAUUAGCACAAGCAGGGGUAUCUAAGGAGGACAUAAACUACAUAAAUGCACAUGCUACAUCCACUCCAGCAGGAGACCUUAAAGAGUAUGAAGCUCUCAUGCAUUGUUUCGGCCAAAACCCUGAUUUGAGGGUGAACUCUACAAAGUCUAUGAUUGGCCAUUUACUGGGAGCAGCUGGUGCUGUAGAAGCUAUAGCAACUGUACAGGCAAUACGGACAGGAUGGGUACAUCCAAACAUCAACCUGGAAAAUCCAGAUAAAGGCGUGGAUACGGAUGUACUCGUUGGCCCAAAGAAAGAAAGACUGGACAUCAAGGUUGCGUUGUCCAACUCAUUUGGAUUUGGUGGCCACAACUCAUCGAUCAUUUUUGCACCAUACAAGUAAAAUAGGGAUACUUCAAUUCUACUGUAUCACAUCAACAUGAAAGAUGAAUCUCAAAUGGAACAAGAUUAGAUCACUCUGCUGUCGGCAAUGGAGAGCUUCAUUCGGACCUCACAAAGUGGAAACUUGUUUUGCUUAUAUUAUUUUCAGAAUUCUCCAACAUCAUUGUGGCUGGAUCUAUUUUGAGCCAAUGAAUACAAGUAAUAGUGGCCUUUUUUGAUUUUUGCUUCAUGUACAAGUAGAUGGCUCAUCCUUAUUUAACAAUCAAUUGUAUUGUAAUGAAUUUUGAGCUGCAUAGUUGUCCACAGUUGUCUAGGUAUGGUGCUACCUGAGCAUACUUCUGCCUUUUCUUAACGUCUGUGUAAUUAUCAAGAUAAUGUUAGGACCAAAUAGUUUGGUUUGCCCUA